ACCGCCGGGGAGAGGCCACCUGAACCGCUUCAGCAUUUCCGUCUGGGAUUUCCCGCGGGGAGUGAUGAACUCCAUCGACCCUCAGUCCCAGCACCAGCACCAGCACCAGCACCACACCUCCCCUACCGUCGGCUCCCUCCCACCCAAAGGCGCCCAGGAGGCCCCGGACAUGGCCGCUGUGUACUGCGACAACUUCAGCAGCAUGUACCACCAGCAGAGCCUGCAGGGCGCGCAGAGACCCGCCGGGUACGGCCUCGGAGAUUACGCAUCGUCUCCAAACCCGUACCUGUGGCUCAACGGGCCGGGCGUCAACUCGUCCGCAUCUUACCUGCACGGCAACAACCCUGCGUCCUUCAUCCCGCCCUCCUACGGCUCCCAGCGGCAGUUCAUCACCAACUCACCUGGCUUCGGAGGGCCCGACCUGGGCUGGCUGUCCAUCGCCAGCCAGGAGGAGCUGCUGAAGCUGGUGCGGCCGCCCUACUCCUACUCUGCGCUCAUCGCCAUGGCCAUCCAGAACGCGCACGAGAAGAAGCUGACCCUGAGCCAGAUCUACCAGUACGUCGCAGACAACUUCCCCUUCUACAAGAAGAGCAAAGCCGGCUGGCAGAACUCCAUCCGGCACAACUUGUCUCUCAACGACUGUUUCAAGAAGGUGCCGAGGGACGAAGACGAUCCAGGAAAAGGAAAUUACUGGACGUUGGACCCAAACUGUGAGAAGAUGUUUGACAACGGAAAUUUCCGCAGGAAAAGGAAACGACGUUCAGACCCGAGCAGCGCAGGAGGAGCAGCGGCGGCGGCAGCAGGGGCCACCAAAGUGGAGGACGGCAGGCCGGUGGUGGCGGCCACGUUGAAGCCCUCAGACAGCCCUCAGCUCCUGGGGCCGCCCUCGCCAGAGAUGGAGGCGAUGAACGAGAACCACAAGAGCUCUUCCUCGUCCUCGCCGCCCGGACUGGCCUCAGCCGCUCCUUGUUUUAAUAACUUUUACAGCAGCAUGUCGACGCUCAGCUCGGGGGCCCCCAGCCGGCAGGGGUCCCUGGGACUGGUGAACGAGCUGUCGAACAGGAACAUUACGGCCCUGAGCCCGUACCACCUCAACCACGGCGGGCAGGACUCGGGGGCGUCAGAGCACAGCGAGGGCUUGCAUUUCAACCGUGGAGUGUACUACAACACGUUUGGCGGCGGGCAGAGCGGACAGUUCAACAGUCACUUCUACAACAGCUUCAGCGUCAACAGCUUGAUUUACCCCCGAGAAGGGACCGAGCUAUAGGGGCCACGCUGCCGUAGGGACCCGCACACGCUUUCCUCACACACAUGCGUCUCAGCACAGGUCAGAGGUCAGGCUGGGGAGCAGCUUCUCUGCAUCAUCAACACGGCGCUCCCUUCACGCAGCAGAUCACGGAGAGAUUAGAGAGCAUGUUAGGUCGACACACUGUGGGAACACCAGCCGCAGCGUCAAACACAAAAUGAGCACUUAUAUUUUUAUUCUUUUUUUAAUCUCUAUAUGGAAGCUCCUGCUUUGCUCUCAGAGCUGAAAUGUACUCGCAAAGUAAAACGACCACUCAACACUCGUUGUUUUAUUUGUCCUAAAGGAAGUUAGUCUUGUGCAUAAAGGCUGACACAUGAAACACACACUGAGCAAAACCAGACGUAAAUUACAGACGAGUAUCUGCAGCACUGCCCCUCAUUUACACACUCCUUAUUCCUGAGGUUAGGACAGUCACUGAGUUAAUGUACCUGUCCAGGUGCCUCCUCUUGUAUUUAAUACAGAUCCUGCACCUGAUGGCAGCCGUUUGUUUUCUGUCCAUAAACAUCUGUUUUACAAUAUUUGGCAGUUUGAAGAGAAAGUUUCUCUAUUCUUAUAACGCUUAUAAUCAAAGACAUUCUGUCAUGUUUAAGAUGUAAAUGUACGUUUGAUAUUUUUUGCCAAAUCUUUCCCAUAUUUCUUUUUACCAGAGCGGCCAAAUUCUUCCAGUUGACAUAUGUUUAAUAUUUUAUUCAUAAUCAACUUUAAAUCUGCCAAAGUUGCCUUUGUGAGACCGCCAUUACCUCAAAACUACAAUCCAACCAGACGAGAUGAGACGAGAUGAGAUGAGAUGAGAUGAGAUGAUGCGCCCUGCUGUGAAGGGUUUAAGUGUCGAUAUUUUCCAGAUGCAGUAACGAUUGAUUGAUUGAUUAUAAAUAUAAUCAGAGACAGGGCUCGCCUUAUUUUUCUACCCUCCACGUUGAUUGAACCCACAGCACUAUGGCUAAAGCUGUAAAUACAUGUGGACUUUAUAAAUGUGUAUUUUUGUAAAUUAUAAAAAUAGUUUGUGACUAUUUAUGCUAUUUAUGCUCAUAGGCAUUGUUUUGUUUUUCUACUGUUGUCUAGUUUGAUUAAAGCAGAUGUGAAUGACUUUAGUUACACCGAGAACAGUAUCACUAAAACCCAGAUGUCAUAAAUCUAUAUGAAUAUAUUAAAGUCUAUAUGCUAUAUCAUGGUUUCUCUCAGGAUUCAGUGUGACAAUCAUUGAACGGCUUUUGUAUCUAUUGUUGUCUUUUUUUAAUCUUUCUACAGUGCGUUCAGCUUCAGGCAGUUUCUGCUGUGACUGUUAAUAAAUCAU